CAACAUUCUACUGAAUAGUAUGCCUUGUUGUUGGCCAACAAACGCGGCCAUCACGGCGAUUCGCCUUAGAGCAUCAAAAAUCACCUAUCAUAACGCCAAAGAGGAGCUGGAUGGCAAGCGAUGGUUCUGCAGGAUUUUGGGCUGGCUGUUGGCGCAAUAGGCAUGAUGACGACAUUGGAAUAUAAGACGCCUGAGUGUGGGUACUGGUUUGUGAGGAAGAGAUAUGACAAUAAAAGACAGCUUGAGCCUUCUUUGACACUCGAAGCGCCUUCAUUAUACACAGCAAUUCUCAAUUUUUCUCAAGAGUAACAAUAUUCCUCCCACUCAAAGAGUUACGAAAAUGCCACCUGCUGCCAACAAUAGUACAUCCAAUGGCCAAAAGCCGAUUCCUUUACGAUCAAAAUUCUCUCGUCGCUUUUAUGAGCCUAUCCUCUUAGAGGUAGCUUUGAAGAAGAUUCGACCAACAGUCUUUCAAGUCACUCAGCAUGAACCCAACACUAUGAAUGACAAUGCCGAUAGUGCAGAGCAGACUUUCAAAAGCUUCAUUAACAGGCUUGCCCAAAUCUGCGAUAAUGUGCGCGGUAGUUAUGGUGCCACUGUUACCAGCAUCGCUGUUCUAGAAGAACCCGAAGGUAUCCAUUAUAUCAUCGGAGCCAAUAACCGAAAGAAGUCGGAAUUGAAGGAUGUUGAAGACUUUGUAAAGCAGCUACUGAAGAUUAUUUCAAAGCCUUUGGAGCAGCAUGCGAACACGGCCUUGUCAGUGCGCAAAGAAGCUCUGUGGCACGUUUUAAGAUUCAACAAACAUCGAAUCAAAUAUUACCUUACAAACGCGGUAAAUUAUUUAGAAGAGUGUAUUGAAGACUAUAACAGACGACAUGCUCAGGCGCCGUUAGCAUCAGACGCAAUCAGAUUCAGAAAACAGCUUUCUGAGUUAAAAGUGUUACUUGAAUUCGAAAAGAAUCAUGAGCAAAACGAGCUCCACGAGUCACAAUUCUUUGCUUCAUGCGAGAAGGUGUUUUUAUUCAUCCACCUUAAUCAGCGCCUGAACCUUGGAGACUCAAUUUCAGAACAAGCAAGAGAAGGCCAGAUGAACAGCUCCAAGCCGUGGCUUGAACUACGCCACUUUCUUGGGCGUCUGCAUUCGUACCAUCUCGCUGUCGAAACGAUGUUUCGCGCCCGUAGAAUAUGGGACCGAUUAUGGGAUGAUGUUAAUGUGACGGCAAUCCCUUCGGCCGCGACAGUUCCACAUCCUCUUAAUAAAAAGAGACCAAACGCACACGAAAUAAUGGGUAGGAUGACGUCUGCCGAGGAAUUGUUGGAAAGAUACCGCAGCCGGGCUGCUGAACUACAGCAGCUCGGCCUCGACGAAAAGAUAUUGGAAGAAUGCAAUACUUCCUCUCAGACACACAUGGUACAUGCAGAAGUUCUUGUACUAGAUUAUGUGCUGGGUUAUUUGCGAGACACUGACGACGCUGAAUUCUGGAAUGGCUGGCGAUAUAUUGGCAGCAGCAAGCCAACAUGUCGUCUUUGCAAUUAUUAUUUUAUGGCACAUCCAAGUGGCGUUCAGGUUCGCGAAUCCCACAACAAUCUUUAUCCUCAUUGGCGUGUUCCAGACGUCUUUGACGAAAAAACGAUGACCAAAACAGAAAACCACCUACACGCGAUCAUCGUAAAGACUAGGGCAGAUGCGAUACGAUCGCUCAUGUCUCAAACAUCGCAAGGUAGGAAGUAUGAUUCGAAUUCAUUUUCGGAGAUGCCGCCCCCUUUUGGAUCUCUCAGAACUGAAACACCGUCAAAUAGCGACGUCAUUUCCAGAUUCUCAAGCCUCAAAAUCAUCGCAGAAGAGGACGGCCGAGGUGCAAGCAGAGAAAGAGAAGACCAAGAGGAAGAGGAUAUAACUCCUCUGUUCCGAGGCCGCGCGUCUGUACUUUCCCGCCGUUAGGAGCUCAUCUUUUGUUAUAUCAACUGUUAUGGACAGAUUGACAGCAUCUUUGGUUUCUAGCUUGGGAAUCUAGGGGGUACGUUGGAAUGAAGAGUUAUUCAUGUUCAUCGAAUUAAGCUAGAAAACAUGAGAUGCGAUACAUCAUGGCGCAACACGUCUUUUAACUACAUUAUUAUUUUUGAACUUGUUGCUGUGCUAAACCUGCUGAAAGAUUCCUGCAGAGAAUUGAGGCGCGAAUUUGGAAUCGUGGUGGCAUUCGGAUAUGUCUGCGUGGUGUACGCAUGUGAUAGAUGCCAUGGUAGGAAAAGGAUAGGAAACAAUAAAUUCAGACCAAACAACUUUCC